AGAUUGAGGAGUUGAAUACAAUGGCAAAGGAGCAUGAAAACAAUCCAGUUCAAAUACCAAGUGGGGAACUGAACAAAUGUACUUCAAAAGAACUACUAUGUGAACACAAGGGUAGUUCUGAGUCCUAUUUUGCACUUGGAUUAUGUGAAACAUGUUACAAGGAGUUUGAUAAACUAUCUGGUGGACUUGGUGGUGGUUUGGAUCCUCCUGCAUUCCAACGUGCGGAGAAGGAGAGAAUGAUAAAAUCACAUUCCAAGGAAAAUUCUAAUCAAUCACACAAUUUGGUGGAAGAGUCAAACAAUGAAUGCAGGAGCCAAAUAGAAGAAUUACAUUCCUCAGUGCCAGAAAGUAUUGUGAUUAAUGAAAAUGUGGCCACUAAAGAUGGUGAGCAUGAUGAGUCACAUAAAGAAGAUGAUCUGAACACAGAAACUCAAAAUGAAUCAGAAAGUCUUUCUGAUAUUGAUGAUCAUGAGGUUGAUGGCUACCUUCACAGUGAGGAGGAAAAGCACUACAAGAAGAUUUUAUGGGAAAACCUGAACCGUGAGUAUCUUGAGGAACAAGCAGCCAAGGAAGCAGCUGCCGAAGCUUCUAAGAAAGCUUUUGAGGCAAAUUUCCAAAACUGUUCUGAGGAUUUGCUCGCAGCUAGAGAACUUGCUGAAUAUGCUAGUGCAGCCGCAGCAAAGUCCAGAAAGGAAAUGAAACAAAGACGAGCUCAAGAGGCAAAGAGUUACGGUCCUGCUCAAUCUGCUGUAGAUGCCACUAACCAAAUGUUGAGAACCAAGGUGUUUCUAUUAAAAAAAAUACCUAUGCAUGUUUUGAUAUUCUGUUUGUUAAACUCAUUAUAAUGGCUUGCUUUUUGUUCCAACAC